AUGGCUUCACUCAAGUGGCUGUUCUUGGGCGUGUACGCAUCAAACAGGGUUUUAAGAAUGCUGUUCCUUCCGAUAUGGUAUCUUCUGCUACUCAGUCCGUUUCUGUUUGUCGUCACCUACUACUCCAGGCUUGGUCGGCAACUUGCAAGUCUCAUACCACAAGAUUUUUCAGUAUUCGAUCUUUUGCCACAAGUCGUUCUAUCCGUGGUGUUCGUACUUCUUCCUACGAGAUUACUGUCCGGCUCGGGGGAGAUUACAAAGAGUAAAGAUGGAGGGAAGAGGCGGGUACAAUCACUACCAUACUGGAUUCCGGGUGCACAACAUCUGGGAAGCAUUAUCUCUGGCGCGGAAGAUUGGAUGAUAGGUGUGAGGGAGUCGUCAGUCACCAACAUCAUCGCAUACAAGGCCGCAGGAUCGAAGCACAACGUUACCUUCUCGACCUCAUUUCUAGAUCAAGUUUACAAGAACUGGGAAAAUCUGACAGAAGCAGAGAGCAGCAGAUGGGCUGUUCUUCGAAAUGCGUUCAGAAUGCCAAAGAGUGUUGAAAAGCAGUAUUUCGAGCUGCAGCCCACCAUCGAAAAGACCAUCAAAAGGGAGAUGUUUGAGGACCAUAAAAUGGAAAGUUUCGUAACUGCCUCGUUGAAGCUAUUGUCAGGAUCUUUACCGGACAUGAUCACAUUCAACUCUUCCAUCGUAGACCAGAUGCAAUGGGAGCGUGUAUCGACCGUUGAGUUGACGGACGGUACAUCAGAAGCCGAGUGUGACUUCUUCGCACUCAUAAACGACUUUUGCUGCAAUACAAUCUUGCCCCCGGUAACAGGCAGCCAAUUCACGGAAUCGUAUGCCUUAUUGGCUUCCGACCUGGCCUCUUUCAAUGCUUUGUACUAUGCGCUCGCCCUCGGAUUACCUCGCUUUUCUCCAGUUAGGGGUCUUCCUGCAGCAGCAUUAGCUAAGAGGAGGCUAUUGUCUAAUUUCAGCAACUUUUUCAGCGAACUCUCAAGUCCACCUGUAAGAAGGGUGAUAGAUGAUGACGAAAGUGUGAGCGGAGAAGAGAUGGACGCUGACGACGAUACGUUGCUUACAGCGCUCAACGAGCUCUUCAAAAAGCACGAGUUGCCAAUCGUAGCACGAGCUGCAGUUGCGCUCCAACUCGUACAUGGCAUCGUCGCAGAUGUCGUUCCUUUGGUUCUUUGGACGCUUCUACACAUCUACUCACUAUCAGGUUCUCCUGAGGGGCAAAAAGAAGACGCAACGCCUCUGGAAAGAAUCAAGAAAGAAACUAAAGACUGGGCAGAAGCUGUCCAACCUCCUUCAAUACAUCCAUUGUUCCCCGCUCCUCCGGAAAUGUCGUUCGCAUCGACGAGUCAAGCGAUUUCUGAAGAGUCAUUCCCAUACCUGCGUUCUUGCGUCAGCGAGGCUCGACGUUUCUACGGUUCUUCUGCUAGCACAUACAGAGUGACAAAACCAGUCACACUGGAAGAGCAGAGUAUUGUUCCUGGUGAACGGGAAGAGAUUGAAUUGGACGUUGAUUCAUAUGUUGACAUUGGUUUGUCUACGGGUCUUAUCAACACAUCUCCAGUGAACUUCGUCUCUCCCGACACAUUCAGGCCCGAUCGUUUUAUCAACACACCUCCAUCGUCAUCCAUCGUCUCCCCUACCGACAUGUCGGCGUCCUACAAGACCGCACUUGUUAUAGCCAUUGUAGCAGGUAUCACGCAGCUUUGGGAAAUUACGCCAGCCCCGAAGAAAAGUUUCUUCGAGAAAUUGCAGGAAGCAGGGCAAGAAGCCCAAGCUGGCGCCGCAGCUAUGAGUGGAGAAGAGAAACCCACCCCAAGCGAAACUAAGAAAGACGAGACGCCAGGUGUCUGGGAGAUCCCCAAAGCGGAUGACGGAUCUAGUAUGAAGGUGCCGAGGGGAGAGAUCAAAGUGAGGAUCAGGAGAAGAGAAGAUCUACCGAAGCAGAAGGUGUUGAGGAGAGACAGGUAG